AUGCAAAUGGCGGCGUUGACGCAGCGACUGCAGAGCGCGGUGUGGUUCCAGAACCGGCGCGCCAAGUGGCGCAAGACAGAGAAGUGCUGGGGCCGCUCAACCAUCAUGGCGGAGUACGGGCUGUACGGCGCCAUGGUGCGCCACUCGCUGCCGCUGCCCGAGACCAUCCUCAAGUCCGCCAAGGACAACGAGUGCGUCGCGCCCUGGCUGCUCGGUAUGCACCGCAAGUCGCUGGAGGCGGCGGACCAGCUGAAGGAGGACGGCGGCGGCAGCGGCGGCGGCGGCGGCAGCGGGGGCGGCGCCUCCGACAAGGAGGACCUGCACGACUCCUCCUCCUGCUCGGGCACCGACCGCUCCGACCCCGGAGGCGGCGGCGGCGGCGGCCCCAUGCACCCGCCCACGGUGCAGGGCGUGUAG